AAUUCUACCACUUCAGGCCGGUGAUGGACACGUACAUCCAGAAGCACUUUGCUGGGGCGUUGGCCUACAAAGAGCUGAUCCGCUGUCUGAAGUGGUACAUGGACCGCUCUGCAGAGGUGGUGAGACAGGACCACAUACAGGAAGCCAUGAGGGCCCUGGAGUAUCUCUUUAAGUUCAUCAUCCAGUCUCGGAUCCUUUACUCUCGGGCCACCGGUGGUAUGGAGGAGGAGCAGUUUCGCAGCGGCAUCCAGGAACUCUUUCAGUCGAUCCGCUUCGUCCUCAGUCUGGACAGCCGCAGCUCAGAGACCCUCAUCUUCACACAGGCCGCUCUGUUGAACUCGUUCCCAGCGAUCUUUGAUGAGCUGCUGCAGAUGUUCACCGUGCAGGAAGUGGCAGAAUUUGUGCGUGGCACCUUGGGCAGCAUGCCGUCCACAGUGCACAUAGGCCAGUCCAUGGAUGUGGUCAAACUGCAGUCCAUAGCCCGCACUGUGGACAGCAGGCUCUUCUCUUUCCCAGGUAAAGACGGAGCGAGCCGAAUGUUUUUCCAAGUCCAGCUGGACGUCGUUCGUCUUAGUCCAAACCACUAGACCAAAGAAACCUGAACAGCUGGUGUCAUUUCAAGUUGUGCUGAAUAUUUCAAUGAGGAGAAUCUGUCUGUGCAGUAUCACUGGUGUUACUACUACUGUACCCUGUCAAAUAGAUUCAUUUAUCUUUGUCACAUUAAAUAACAUUGCAGAGUACUUGGAGAAUCCUUGCCUUGUCUAAACUGUUUUAAUCCUGUUUAAUCUGAACUUCUACUAAUAAAUGACUUAAAUAGAUACUUAAACAUAAUCUACUCUUCAGUGCACAUGAGCUCAGUCAAACACCAACACAGUAACACAGCUCAGUCAUGUGACCUCUUAGUCUUUUCAACCACAGAGCCCUGUUGUGUGAUAACAUCAAAAUGUUGUGCAAAUGAAUGUCUCUCUGUGUGUGUGUCCUUUUGUCCGUCC